AUGCAUCAUCACCUAUCAAUUAUCCAUCUUGACAAACAACCCACUCUCCCAGUACAAAGACUCGUCACUAAGUUUGGAAAGUUCUAUAAAUCGGUUGAUCCUGGAUUAAUCAAAGUAAACCCUUUUAGCGAAAGAUUGAGAAAUGUAGAUGUUAAGAUUCAAGUGGCAGCCAUUGGCGGGCAAACAGCUGUCACCAAAUACACAGUGAAUGUGGAUAUUGACAGUGUCGUGUAUUGGCAUGUUGAAAGUGCAUAUUACAAAUCCUUCAAAAUCAAGAUCGUCACGAACCCUCAAUCGGUAUAUGCAAACUCAGACAAAGCUGCAUUUGCUAUCAAUGAUGUCAAACAAGCCUUAACCAAAAUGGCUCAGACUACACUUUGUUCCGUGGUAGGUGGUCGUAAUCUACAAUCUGUUGUUUUUGAAAGAGAAAGUCUUGCAAUUGAGAUAGCUGAGAUCUUAGAGAAUAUCUCAAAAAUGGGGAAUUCAAAAGCAUUGUCAAGUGCAGCUGAACAGAAACGAUUGGGUGAAGCCAAAGUUAUCGCUGCGCGAGCUGAAGUAGAUGCUGCUCAUCUGAUGCGACAAGCUGCAGAAAUCGAACCAGAUUAUGGCCAAGCAGAGUGA